AUGACGGGCGACGCAUUCAUCGUGCUUGGGACACCGUCUGAGGAACAACUCCAAUGUGAUAACCACGAUCACAGAAGUUGCUACGGCUACAACAGCAAGGCCUGUCAAGAGCGGGCGGCUGACUAUUGGCGAAGUUCCAAUGUUAUGAAGGUUUUUAAUUCCCGACUUAAGAGACUUCGGUUACAAUGGAUGCGAACUCCCCAGCCGGGCAAGAAAUUGUUGGUCCUGGACAUCGAUCACACAAUUUAUGAUUGCACCAACAUGCUCAAAGAAUCUCUGCAUGAUAGCUGUCGAAUACGACCGCAUCUUUCAACGAUGUUCUCGUCAUUGAAGGAGUACUACGACUAUUGUCUUUGGUCUCAAACAGCUUGGCAGUGGAUCGAGACUAAAUGUUCCUUGAUAGGUAUUUAUGAGUCAUGUCAAAGUUAUCCGCUGUUUAUACUGGACAGGUCCAACAUGUUUUCUGUCGGGAAAUCUUCCAACGACCAAGCAGUUGAACCAGCAGCGGGGGAGAUAGUGGAAGUGGUUCGACGUAACGUGAAGUGCUUGCGUUUAAUUUGGGAUUCAUGUCCUGAGCUAUAUUCCGAAAAGAACACUUUACACAUCGAUGAUCUACAUAAGAACUUUGGACUUAAUCCGAAAAAUGGAAUAUUAGUCUCGCCUUAUAGAAAGGCUAACUAUGAUACAGACACUGAGCUGUUGAAAUUAACACAAUAUCUACUUCGAGUGGCGAAGCUGGACGAUGUCACCACCAUGGAUCAUAGUACAUGGAAAAACACCUAA